CCCCCCCCUUAAAAAGAUCAUCUUCUUGCUGAUGGCCUGGCUAUAAACCCCUCCAUGGCUCUACACUACGCCAACUGCCACGGCUUGGCUGUUAAUUCGUUGGACAGACUGGGAACCAUGUUUAACCCCCUCCCCUGUUUUAGGUCAGUCGUCACGCGACUCCAACAAUGAGAUUGCGAGCGACAACCAAAGCUUCAAGGGAGCUGAAUCUAGCGCGAGGUUGUGGUGAUGGUGACAUAAGGCACAGGCAGCAAUGUCACGAUACGCUCCAGUCCAAAGGAAAACUACUUCUAUCUAACGCGUCGUGUCGUUGUUUCAGUUGUAGUACAAAUAUCAUGGUUCUGUUAUUGCGGAUUCUACAUUCGACUUUAUCGCCAUGUGCCAUCAUGGCUCAGGGACGUCGACGAACGGAUACUAAGGGGAACGUCGUCACAACAAUAAGUAGAAAUGGGGCGUUUAUCUGCAGUCACUCACUUCGAGAUAGAGCGCGCCCAUCGAUUGCAGCCGUCCUCGUGACACUACCCAAGGCUCUUCCAGUUCAGUCAACCCCAAGUUCACGGGCCGAAGUUCAAGUUAUUAGGCAGAUAUGGAAUAUCAUGAUAGGGUCUCCAUGGUCAAUAUCGAUAUUGUACAUAGCCUUUUCACAUCCAUGAGAAGGUAACGCAUGAAUGACGUGAGUUACCGCACUUUUAGAAGGAUGGUUAAACAUCGGUAUUGCGCGGCGAAUAAAGAAGCUCACUUGGGUUUUUGUGUCUAUCAUAUAUAACUCAGGAAUCUUUACCAGGUAGUUAAUUACAUAGAAACACUCAGCACAG